AUGGACAGCAAGGUUAUCAAGAAGGAGGAGAAGAUGCUGCACAAGCAGGAAAAGGCCGACGACAAGGCAGUGCACCAGGCUGAAAAGGCGCUCAGCAAGGACACCAAGAAGGAGACGAAGCUGGUCAAGGAAAAGGAAAAGGCGCAAAAGGAGCUCGAAAAGAGCGUCAAGGCAGAGCACAAGACGCAGGCCAAGCUGGACAAGGCGACGACCAAGCACAACGAGUCGGUGCGACACAUUGACGAGGCGCGGAUGCGCAUCAACAAUGCCGAAAAGGCCCUCGCCCAGCACCACGGCCACCUCGAGGACACGCAGCACCGCGUCGAGCAGGCCCACCACGCAAAGGCCUCCAACGACCACAUCCGCUCCGACAAAAAGAGCCAGCUCCUCUCGACGGCCGCCGUGUCCCACAACCCCAUGGGCCAGAACGAACACGUUCAGCCCGUCGGCAUCCACGGCGCCAAUGGUACCGCCACCGGCACUGGCACCGGCGCAGGCAUGACGAACGGCACCGUCGGUCAGGACCACCCCGCCACCUAUGCCGCUACGCCCUCUCACCCUGCCACCAACCCCCAGCCCGCCUUCUAG